CGUGCUCCGCGGCGCUCGGCUCACAACACUUAGGUUGAUGGGAAAACCCUGAAAUGGCGGCGGCCGGCGCCGGGACAUCCCGGCUGCUCCUGCUCUUGCUGAUGAUGGUAGCAGCGCCCAGCCGAGCCCGGGGAAGCGGCUGCCGGGCCGGCGCAGCCGGGCGAGGGGUGGGGACUGAAGGCCGAGAGGGUGAGGGCUGUGGCACCGUGGGACUGCUGCUAGAGCACUCAUUUGAGAUUGAUGACAGUGCCCACUUUCGGAAACGGGGCUCACUACUCUGGAAUCAGCAGGAUGGCACCUUGUCCUUGUCACAGCGGCAGCUCAGCGAGGAGGAGCGGGGCCGACUUCGGGAUGUGGCAGCCCUGAAUGGCCUAUACCGGGUGCGGGUCCCAAGGCGGCCAGGGGUCUCUGAUGGGUCAGAAGUUGGUGACUAUGUCUCUUCCUUUGUCCCUGCGUGUUCCCUGGUGGAGUCACACCUCUCAGACCAGCUGACCCUGCACGUGGAUGUGGCUGGCAAUGUGGUGGGUGUGUCAGUGGUGACAUACCCCGGGGGAUGCCGUGGCCAUGAGGUGGAGGAUGUGGACCUGGAACUGUUCAAUACCUCUGUGCAGCUGCGGCCCCCAGGCACGGCCCCCGGUCCGGAGACAGCAGCCUUCAUUGAGCGCCUGGAGAUGGAGCAGGCCCAGAAGGCCAAGAACCCCCAGGAGCAGAAGUCCUUUUUUGCCAAAUAUUGGCACCUCAUCCUGGGGGGGGCCGUGUUGCUUACGGCCCUGCGUCCUGCUGCCCCGGGGCCCGCGCCACCACCACAGGAGGCCUGAUGGAUGUACAUCAUUCCUGUCGUCCUGUUCCUCAUGAUGUCAGGAGCACCAGACGCCGGGGGCCAGAGUGGCGGUGGAAGUGGGGGUGGCAGUGGAGGUAGUGGCCGGUGAGCAGCCUACCCUCUUUCAGCCAAGGACUCCCUUCUACCCAGUCUCCCACGUCCCUGGUCAUCCCAAGAAGGACUUGCCGGCCCCUCCUGUCUCCUCAUCCCUUGGAGGCAGAAAGAUGCCUCCUUCCCAGGGGUCUCUAGGCAGCCCUGGGUGAGGCCUUAUCCUCCUGGGGUCUCUUCUUUUUGGCAGAGGGGUGGCAGAUUAGAGUGCCCCCUUCCCUGCGACCCCACCUCAGCCCCAGAGGCACCUCUUUGCCCUCAGGCUGGAGUCCAAGCUCUGGGACAUGGUUUCUGCACCCCAUGGCUUGGCCCACCCCAGCCCUGCAGUUUGGGAGCAUGCUGAGUUCUCUCCAGUCUCAGUGCCUUUGUUCUGGGUGGCCUCGACCAGGCUCCCAAGGCACCUCCUCACUUGGUGUGGGCCUGGGCCUCCCCACUGAGGCUGUGGCUGGAACUGGCUGGCCGUGUAUGCCCCUGGGUUCCACGUGCAGCACCGCCCGUCAGCCUGCUUGGCUGUUGGGGGAGCACUGGCCCUUCUGGGUGCCAGGCCUCUAGGAGUCCUUCGGGUGUGAAGAACUGUAGUAUUCGAGCAAGAAACCAAAAUGGAGUCAGGGCCAGAUGAUGUGACUAGGAUCCCUUCCUUGGUCUACCUGGGUCACCUUACCCAGGGUGUAGCACCAAGACAGACUGCUGGGGGCCCUUACUGUUUAUUUCCCCUUGUCUAUUUAAAAACACUUGCAUUAUAUUGAAGUUUCCAGCUUUCAACAGCCAAGUGUGGCUAUUGUUUUUUGGCUACAAGAUAGCCCUGAUGUACAGGCUUGGGUUACUUAGUAUAUUUAUUCAGGAACAAGAAAAUGGUCAUCAUCAUUGUUAUUAUAAUUGCUGUGAAGCAUUCGAUUGUGUCUUAUGGCAGUUGAUUAAACUUUCCCAAAUGUCCAA